GACUUGCUGAAGGGAGGAGUCAUAUAUCCAGCCCUUCCACAGCCCAACUUCAAAAGCUUACUUCCUUUAGUUGUCCAUUGGCACCAUACAGUCUCCAAGUCUCUGACUUGUGCUUGGCAGCAACAUGAAGAUCAUUUUGAAUCCCACUGUCUAUAGAUGAUGAAUACCUGAAUGUGUCAGGAGAAAGGAGUGUAAAUGGAGACGUUAUAUGUAUUUCAGAAAGAUUUAGGAAGUGGAAUCAACAGACCUUGGUGAUUGAUUAAAUGUGGGUUAUAAAAAAGAUGAAUCAAGAGCUGAAAUAUGCUAAUACCGUGAUGCGCUUUGAUUAUGUCUGGCUUCGAGACCACUGCCGCUCAGCAUCGUGCUACAACUCUAAGACUCAUCAGCGCAGCCUGGAUACUGCCAGUGUGGAUUUAUGUAUCAAGCCAAAGAACAUUCGUCUGGAUGAGACCACACUCUUCUUUACUUGGCCAGAUGGUCAUGUGACUAAAUAUGAUUUGAAUUGGCUGGUGAAAAACAGCUAUGAAGGGCAGAAACAAAAAGUCAUCCAGCCUAGAAUACUAUGGAAUGCUGAAAUCUACCAGCAAGCCCAAGUUCCAUAUGUAGAUUGCCAGAGCUUCUUAGAAACCAACGAGGGACUGAAGAAAUUUCUGCAAAACUUUCUGCUCUAUGGAAUUGCAUUUGUAGAAAAUGUCCCUCCCACUCAAGAGCACACAGAGAAGUUGGCAGAAAGGAUCAGCUUAAUCAGAGAAACCAUUUAUGGGAGGAUGUGGUAUUUCACUUCAGACUUCUCCAGAGGCGACACUGCAUACACCAAGCUAGCUCUGGAUCGGCACACUGACACUACCUAUUUUCAAGAGCCCUGUGGCAUUCAAGUGUUUCAUUGUCUUAAACAUGAGGGAACUGGUGGCAGGACACUGCUAGUAGAUGGAUUCUAUGCAGCAGAACAGGUACUUCAAAAGGCACCUGAGGAAUUUGAACUCCUCAGUAAAGUGCCAUUGAAGCAUGAAUAUAUUGAAGAUGUUGGAGAAUGUCACAACCACAUGAUUGGGGUUGGGCCAGUGUUAAAUAUCUACCCAUGGAAUAAAGAGCUGUAUUUGAUCAGGUAAGUAUCAAAGAACUAUCCCCAAUUGUGAUAUGUUUGCCAAAGGUUAGCCUUCUAAUGUAACAAAAAUCCCUAAGAUUCUUAUAUCUGCUACAUUUUAAUCUUGCUAUUCCAUAGCUUUUUAUUAUCAAACAGUUUGUAUUCUUCUUAUAAUUCCCAUGGAGUAAUAAAUAGCCAUCAACCAAAGAAUACUAGGUUUAUUUUGGAGGUGGGGUCAAAUAUUAGAGGUAGUAUUUUUUAAAUGAAACGUUAUUAAAAUGAAAAACAGUUAUUAAAUUAUCCUCAGUGACCAAACAGCUAGGUUACCCAACAACAUUUAUGUCUCUAGCCCAGAUUUAUGCAAAGCUCUUCACCAGUGUGUUCAAUUGACUACUGUUAUCACAACUUGCAUAUUUUGUAGAAUAUAAAACAUAUCAUAUUCAAACCUGAACUCAUCACUUCUACUCAUUUUAAACCUACUUCUCCACUUGUUUUCCCAUUUUCAUUGAAUGGCACCACCAUCCACUAAGUUUCCCAAGCCAUAAACAUCAUAUUUAAUUUUUCCCUCUCCCUUAUAUUACAUAACCAGUCUUAUCAGCUCAACCUCUUUUCUCCAACUAUCCCCUGCUUUCUAUCUACAAUGCCUCUUCUUGCAGUGAGACUACUCUUCUGUCCCAUGGCUAAAGUUAUAACUGAUGUCCUUGCUUCCACCAUGAGCCCUCUUCUAUUAAUUUCUCAUGCUGUAGCUAGAACAUUCUUUCUGAAAUACAAGUCUUAUCUUUUGCUCCCAUUUUAAGAUCCUUCUAAACCUCCCCAGUGUCUUUCAGAGAAAGACUAGAGUCCUUCCUUAUGGCUUUUAAGGUUCUGUAUGAGCUGAUCCCUUCUUCCUCUUCUAGCAUAUGAUUCAUGUUUUCCAUACAUUCUGCCCUAGCUAUACCAAACUACUUUGGGUUUCUGGAGCCAAUUAUUUUGCUUCUUGCAGCCAAGCUUUUUA